AUGACGACCUUUUAUAAAGCAGCAUGGAAUAAUAGUAAAGAAACAGCUGAAGUUCUUAUUUCACAUGGUGCAAAUAUGAAUGAAAAAGAUGAAGAUGGAAAUACACCUCUUCAUGAAGCAGCAAAAAAUAAUUGCAAAGAAAUAGUAGAACUUCUUAUUUCACAUGGUGCAAAUAUCAAUAAAAAAGUGAGGAUAAUAAAGAAAUAG